AUGCAUUUCCGGGAUCCUCAACACGAUCAUGAGCACGUCGGCAUUGCUCACGGCCUCGAACGUCGCGACCAUCGUGUCCCACACCCGGACCGGGGAAACAUGACUGUUCUCGGACACGCUGCCCGUCGUGGUCCUGUACGGAUACUCGACCUUGAUCGGACACUCGCCGAGAUUCGACGAGUCGAGUUUGUACUCCAGCGUGAUGGAGUAUUUCGUUCCGGCGCAGGUGUUCAACGUCUGCUGCAGGGUGAGAGAGCAGACGCGGUUCUAAGGAGAGGUCAGCAGGAGCAGAGAGGCAUCGAAGGCGUAAGUGUUGCGGCCGGGGUUGGUACUGCCGGGGUUGGUACUGCCGGGGUUGGUACUGCCGGGCGUGACGAUGCUGUGGGUACUUUGGCCGACAAUAUCCGUCACGGCCCAGGGCGAGUGGUUACAGGUUUCGAGGCCGCCGUUUUGGAUGACGGGGCUACCGCAUGA